AAUGAAAGGUGAAGUUGUCAAUUUGGAUCCAGAAACUAAUCCUAAAUUGAAGGAAAUCUUGGAUUUACUUCUAUUAGCAGGUUAUUUUAGAAUUCGUAUUCCUUCAAUUAAACCAUUUGAUAAGGUAUUAUUCUAUAAAUUAAUAUUUAGAUUUUAGGAGGUCUCAGUUGGUGUAUUACACAAUCUAACUUUGCAAUUGAUAUUUAAUAUAAUGAUGAUUAUAAUAUAGGGUAAAAGAUCAAGGUCUCAGAAUAAAUUGUCAGAUCUUUAAUCGAAAUGUAAUCCCCAUAUACUCUUUAACCACAUUAAAUUUAAGGUCUAGAUUUGAAUGCCAUCUACCCAGUAAUUAAAUGGCUCAUUAAAUUUGUCUUAGAAACAAGAGAAUUUAGAUAGGAUUAAAAUUAUAGAGUAAGUAAAUUAGUUGGUAAAAAUGCUAAUUAAGCAUUAUAUUAAUAAGAUCAAGAAGAAAAGAAAGCAAUAUAAGAAAUUGUAUCAUAAUUAGAUUUAUUAUAAGAUAAUAGAUAAACUAAGAAUUUGAAAAAAUUAUCAAAAAAAGACCCUUUACGUGUUUAUUCUACAUUAAUUGAAUAUGGAGAUUUAUCAAGUCAAAGAACAUAUAACAAAUUUUGUGCUUUGAUUUCAGGAAUUUAAAAAUAAAAAUAAGGAAACUAGUAGAAUGUAAGUGCUGUUAAUAGCAAAACUCAAUCAAAUUCAACUUUAGCAUUUUAAUAAAAUUUAUUUCUUGAUGAAGUACCUGAAAAAAAAGCAACUAAUUAAAAUUAAUAAGUUACUUUAGAAUAGCUAACAAAUCUAUAAAAAGAGAAAAUGUAAUAAGCACAGGCAUAAAUUAAAGAAAUGUCUUAAAUUGCUGGUCCAUCGGCUGAAGCCACAUUAAAUGAAGAAGAAGGAAGGAAAUUUCAGAAAUUAUAAAGAAGAAAUUCUAUUGCUGGACAAUCUUUAUCUUAGUUGAUUUCCAAAGAAAAAAUUGCUGAGGGAUUAAAAUAAUAAACUUAAGAAGAAGAUUAAGAAGUAGUAAAUACUGUAAACAUAAAAUUAUAAGAGAAAAUUAUUCUUGAGUAAUAAUUUAAAUUACAAUAAUAAAAUCUUAACAAUUUAGAGAAAGCAAUAGAAUAGGAUAUGCAGGAAGUAGAUUUACUAGAAUAAUAAAAUAACUAAUUGUAAGAAUAAAUAAAUGAUGAAAAAUCGCGUCUUAAUAAGAUUGUAGAUGCUUUAAAAGUAAUAGAGUCAAAAACAAAAAAAGCCAAUCAAUCAGAUAUAAAAAGGGCUGAAGAAUAGGUUGCAAAAAAAAAUGAAUUAAAAGAAUAAAAAGCAGAAUUAAAAAGGGAGAUUAAAUAAGAAUAAUAAAAAAUAGAGAGAGAAAAAGAAGAAGCUUUAAGGAAUAUGCCACAAGAAAAUGAUUAGGAAUUGUUAAAAGAAAUGAAAUCAUAAUAUAAUUAAAAAAAGGAAAAGUUUGAAAAGAAAUUCUAACAAUUUCAACUUUUAAAUUAGGAGAUAGUUGUUCUAGAGAGAAAGCUGGAAUCUUUUCCAUAACCUUCUGAAAUUGCAUAAUAUCAUUAAAGGUUUUUAGAAUUAUAUGAUUCAAUCAAUGAAGAGAUGGAGUCAAAUAAAAAAUUAUUGUUGAAGUAUAAUAAUUUACUAGAAGUGAAAUAAUUAGCAGCUUAAUUUGUGGAUAUUUAUAGAACUUUUAAAGAAAAUUAUACAAAUAAUUUAAAGGAUAAAAAAGGAAAAAUUGAAUUAUCCUAAAAUUUAGAUUCUACUUACAAGGUAUUAGAUUAUGUAUCUUUUAGUAAUUAUAAAAAUAAUUAUAACUAUAUCAAGAGAAGUUGUAAUAGUCUGAAAACAAAAGAUAAAGUAAUUUGGAAUAAUAUAGACAAGCUUUGGCAAUUGAGAGAGAAUAUUAUAAAUUAUUAAAGGAAAUUAAAUUUGAAUAUGAAAAAUACGAAUAAUACACAAAUAAAAAUGAAUGACA